GUUUUGGCACUUUCCUUCGCGAGAUACGCUAGUCGUCUUAGAUUUCUACUCCUUACCGCGACCCUCUGACUACUUUCCCUCCAACUCUCCUCGGUCGCCCGCGCCUCUCUGCUACUUCUCACCUCCCCUACCCUUAUGCUUCUUUUGUCUUAUUCCCCGAAAGUGUGUUGAGAUGGACGGCCCUCCCCCUCAACGCUGGAGCAGGGAAAAGUGGGUCACCGUGUUCUCUAGCCAUCAGCCAACCAUCCGUGAGGUGACCGAGUGCCUCGGGCUUGGGCUCUGCGCAUCCAGCUACAACAGCAACCGUGGAAUUCCCAAGUUCGACGAGCCAAAUUAUCAGAAGCUCUCUAAUGAAGUUGCGAAAUUAUCGAAAGAGCUCCCGCAAGAGCGUGAUGCGCUUCUCGAUUUCGCUGCUGAUCCAGAGUCGCUAAACGGCGAACUGGAUGAAUUGCUGGAUUCGCUAGGCACCCUCAUCUGGGGUCGCGACGCGAACCGCAGCCGCCUCUUAAAGCCAGAUGCCUCCAAGAAAACUUAUUUCAAGGACCUUUUUGUUGAGGAGACUGAGGAUAGGAAUAUACUGAAGAUACACCUUCAUCGCUGGAUCGUCAUUAAAGCAUGCUACUACAUCCGAAACAUACGACUGAAGAGAAAGUCGGGAGUUGAAGAUGGCAGCGCGCCUAUCGACAGUGACCGUGAAGGUUAUGCGAUCUUAAGCCCAAAGCCACAGCUGCUGGUCAAGAAUCACGAUGGGUCCCCGCAGCCUACUCUUCCGGCCAUCAGCGAAAGCCCGAGGACGAGGCGAACGUCGCGAUUAUUGGCUUCAAAUGCGGCGCAGCAACCCAAUGCUCCAACAAACCUGGAGCCUGCGGAAACUGAGCCGAAGGCAGUCCUGGGAAGCAACGCAACCCCACCCCCGCCAUUUACUCCAAUCAAUCCUGGAAACCCCGAGAAUGGCCAAGAGCAACACGUGACGGAAACGAAUGCGACAGCACAGCCCAUUACUCUGAAACCUCCAGCGUCGUCUACACCCACUCUCCCUGCUGACGCUCUGCAAUUAGCCGAAGAAAGUAGACGGACUAGCUCUAUUCCUGAGUCGGCUCCAAGUUGCGAAGGCAACAAUGCCGUCAUUCCAUCCGGCCUCAUCAGUGGAAAAAAACGUCCGAACCCUAAUGGAUUUGAUGCUGCUCCAAGAAAAGCUUCGCGACCAUCUCUAGCUACAGCUAGUCCUAGCACUGAGAAUGCCCCACCGCUUCCAGGUCAAGUUAACCAUCAACCGAGUCCUGUGACACUUGUGACACACAUCGACGCUGGUGGACGUCCCAUGCUUAGCCCACUAUCCAGUAAUGCGUUGAAUGGAGUAGCGAGGCCUGCUAAUUCUUCCGACAGUCCUUCAACAGCUCCCCCAACGUUUACUGCUGUUAACGCUCCCAAUGGUCACUUUGCUCAUCAUACUUCCGCCCCGUCCAGUGCCCAUAGUACGCAGGCUCAGAAUGGCUUCGCUUCUCCAUAUGCUGCUAUUGCACCUAACCCCAAUGGACCUCCUAUUCCAUAUCGCACCCAUACUCCAGGUGGAACCAAUGGCCACAACAUCCCUCAGAUGCCGACCGGCCCCCAUGCGCUCAGCAGAUCGCAUACGCCGAAUGGAACUCAUGCUCAGCAUAACACCCAUAGCCUAAACCGCGAAAAUAGUGGCGAGACCAUGGUACCCGCUACGGCUGAUCUGGAGCUUAUGAAGUUCGAGCUCCUUGACUCGCUCAUGAAGUACCUCCAUCCCAAGACUGGCGCUCAGUUCAACGAACGCGGACUUUUUCAGAUGCUCGAACUGAUCUGGAGGCACAACACCCCAAUCUUCCAAGCCCAAAUGGGCCAUCUUUACACCUACCAAGGGAACGUACUUCUCGCGUGGAUCGAUGAGCGGCGGAAGAUUGCUCAACUCCGACAAGCCAUGGAAAUUCAGCCAGGUGUCCGAGCCCCGGAAAUGGUUGACCGAUUGUUAGCGAUGAACGACUUGCGCGUCAUCCAUCUCAAGUGGAAGGCGUUGAAAACCCAGGUUGGCAGUCAGACUCUUUCGCCUGAGGACCUCUUGUGCAAGACUUUUGCUAUGAUGACACAGACCGAAGGUACUGAACAUUUGUUCAGAGCGGGAUUGGAUAGGUUGAACGAGGGUCUGUUCGAGUUCUUGCGCUCCGAUGAUAUGAAAAUCUCAAUGAACUUGCGAUAAUCUCUAAGCUGUCACCAUCAUUGUUGGAUCCAAAAGUAUCGAGUCAAAAUGGAUUUUAUUAUCAUGGGAUAGUGUGCAGGAGUCUGGGUUACGGAGGUUUGUUUGUCAUAUGUCUUUUGGAUUGAAUCCACUGGGAUAGCGAUGGUGUUACGGAGGGAAAAAAUGUACAUGUAUCAAGUGUGUAAUACCUCGGUCACUGAGUAGGCUCAAC